CCCUCCGCGCACCCUGAACUCUCGGCGCUCGGCCCCUCCCUGGUCCCGCGCGCGUUUCAGUACUCGGCGAUCAGGUACUCCUCCCCGCUCCUCCAGCACCUCAGCCGGCGCCCUCCUCCUGGCAGUGCCCGGGCCUGCCUGCCCUGGGUCCUCCAACUCGUCCUCGGGGACGAGGACCCGCAAGUCCAGCCCAGCGUUCCAAGAGCGCUCGCCUUUCCGGCGGUGAGCUGGUGCCCACCCCGCCCCCCUGCCUGGGCGUUUCCCACCCUCCUCCCCACCAAAGUGCUUGCCAGCCUGCAUUCCCUGGCCCACAGCAGUGCAACUGAAAGGGGACUCCUGGAAGUCCUAGGACUUGAACAUAACCCUGAGUAAAAGGUUUUAGACACCGCCUCAUCAUGUGUGAGGGACUGAUGGAGAGGUAUGUGGCUGCCAUGGUGCUGAGCGCAGCUGGAGAUGCCUUAGGGUACUUCAAUGGGAAGUGGGAGUUUCUUCGGGAUGGAGAAAAGAUUCACCAGCAGCUGGCCCAGCUUGGUGGGUUGGACACCAUAGAUGUGGAGAGGUGGAGAGUCAGCGAUGACACAGUAAUGCACCUGGCCACGGCAGAAGCUCUUGUGGAAGCUGGGAAAAUCUUGGAUUUGGCUCACCUGUAUUCCCUACUUGCUAAGCAUUACCAAGACUGCAUGGGAGACAUGGAUGGCCGAGCACCAGGGGGUGCGUCAGUGCAGAAUGCCAUGCUACUGGAGCCAGACAAGGCCAAUGGCUGGAGGAUUCCCUUUAACAAGCACGAGGGCGGCUGCGGGGCUGCCAUGCGUGCUAUGUGCAUCGGUCUCCGGUUCCCCCACCACGGACAGCUGGACACGCUGAUCCAGGUGAGCAUCGAGAGUGGCAGGAUGACCCAUCACCACCCUACAGGCUACCUGGGAGCUCUUGUUUCUGCUCUUUUUACAGCCUAUGCUGUGAACAACAAGCCUCCCAGGCAGUGGGGAAAAGAAAUGAUGGAGGUGCUACCAGAAGCUAAAAAGUACAUUAUCCAAUCAGGCUACUUUUUGGAGAAGAAUCUUCAACACUGGGGUCGGCUUCACUCCAGCUCUGAGACCUCCAGCUCAACAAUGCCCCCAGGCCUAGGGGACAGAAGCUUCUGUUCGUGGGGACUCCUUUUGUGGCUCAGCAUUGGAAGUGCAGGAGACGCACCUCCUAUCCCACAGACAAAGUGCACUGACUUCCAGAAUGCUAAUCUUCUCCAAGGCACCAAUCUCAAAGUCCAGUUUCUCCUCUUCACCCCUUUGGAUCCUAGCUGUGGUCAGCUAGUGCAGGAAAGUAGUGACAUCCAAAAGUCUGGGUUCAAUGCCUCUCUGGGAACUAAACUAAUCAUCCAUGGAUUCAGGGCUUUAGGUACAAAGCCUUCUUGGAUUGAUAAAUUUAUCGGUGCCCUUCUUCAAGCAGCAAAUGCUAAUGUGAUUGCUGUGGACUGGGUUUAUGGCUCUACGGGUAUCUACUUCUCAGCCGUGCAGAAUGUGGUUAAGCUGGGCCUAGAGAUCUCCCGUUUCCUCAAGAAACUACUGGUAUUGGGUGUGUCGAAGUCCUCAAUCCACAUCAUUGGUGUUAGCCUGGGAGCCCACGUUGGGGGCGUGGUGGGAUAUUUCUACGAAGGCCAGUUAGGACGGAUCACAGGCCUGGACCCCGCUGGACCAGAGUACACCAGAGCCAGCCUGGAGGAGCGCCUGGACCCUGGAGAUGCCCUCUUUGUGGAGGCCAUCCACACAGACACUGACAAUGCGGGUAUUCGGAUUCCUGUUGGACACGUGGACUACUUCGUCAAUGGAGGCCAAGACCAACCUGGCUGUCCCACCUUCAUUCAUGCAGGUUACAGUUACCUGAUCUGUGAUCACAUGAGGGCCGUGUACCUCUACAUCAGUGCCCUGGAGAAUUCCUGUCCAUUGAUGGCCUUUCCCUGUGCCAACUACAAGGCCUUUCUUGCUGGAAAAUGUCUGGAUUGUUUUAACCCCUUUCUGCUUUCCUGCCCAAGGAUUGGGCUGAUGGAAAAAAGUGGUGUUAAGAUACAGCCGCUUCCCAAGGAAGUGAAAGUGUACCUCCGGACCACUUCCAUGGCUCCGUACUGUGUGCAUCACAGCCUCGUGGAGUUUUACUUGCAGGAGCCAAGAAAGAAGGAUACCUGUAUCUCCAUCACCUUCCUUAGCAGCAAUGUUACUUCCUCGGUCGAGAUCACCAUACCUAGACAGCAACUCCAGGGGAGAGGAAUCAUAGCUCACACCAACGCACAGUGCCAGAUAAACCAAGUGAAAUUCAAGUUUCAUUCUUCCAACCUAGUUUGGAAAAAAGACCGGACUACCAUUGCUGGAAAGUUCUGCACUGCUCCUUUGCCAGUCAAUGACAACAAACAGACUGUCUGCUUACCUGAGCCAGUGAACUUACAAGCGAGUGUGACCGUUUCUCAUGACCUGAAACUAAAAUGUGUAUAGUAUAAGCCUGGGCAGGAUGCAUCUCCCUGGAUUUCAGAGGUCGGGGAGCUAUGUUCAACUUACUCUAGGCCAUUACUACUAGAAAGAAGGCAAAACUCGUGGUUAUUUUCCCCAUAAUAGCCACCUUAGAGGGGAGAGAUAACUCAUUCUAUCAGAGCUUUGUCUCUGUUACCAAUUUGAACAGCCUUACAAAAAUACCGCUUCAGCUUGUCUAUUCCUACUUAACUGCAUAUUAACUGCAAUUGCCCCAUAUCCUUGAACAUCUGUGCCUAGGAUUCAAUGGAAACAUUCACAGGAACAAUGUUUUUUUU